AUUUUCCGUUAAAAACAACUUGUCGAGCGAGAGCAGUGGUCAAUGGAAACGAAUGCAAGAACACACUUGAUUCCAUCGACCAGUAAAAGAAAGUUAGAUGACCUUGAGACAGAAGAUGCUGUAGGGGAUAAUACAGGGCCCUUGUAUCCCCAGAUCCCACCUUCAACACCUUCUCAACCCCCAAGGAAGUGUCAGGUGGAGGAAGGAUACUCCUGGUGGACAUGUGCCAUGUAUGGGAUGCCUUACGACAAAUCAAAGCCACAGCCCCGAAAAGCAGAGGGAAUCUAAGGAUUAUAUUAAUGUUCUGUUAUAUCUGGCAUCCUGAACAGAAGUGUCAGUGAGGCAUUCAAUUGCAGUAAAGCAUAUAGAAUUCAGAAAAUGUUUUACUGACAAACAAUGGCCUUUGAAUGAGAAAAAACAAACUCUGAAAUAAUCUCAGUGUAUUUUUAAAAGGAAGUUUGAUUCUGUAUUGUGUAGAAUUGAUGGUCAGACCACAUUGAGAAUGUAUAUAAUCAGUGUGUGCUGCAGUGUAAUAAAAAAGUGAUAGACAAUUGAAGAAUGUAAAAAUAAUAUCCAUUACAGAGGCAAAAAUAUGUGUAGAAAAUGCACAUGGACAUUUCUGAAUUUGCUUAAUUUUGAAAGUAGUGAAACAAUACUGAAAAAAAACUUGAGUUUAUAGGUGGCUGUUACACACUCCGUGUGGGUGUACAUAGCAGAACCUGUGCAAAAGUGAUGAACAAUACUGAAGAACUAGAUGUUUCAUCAAAAUGUCAAGCAAUAGUGUCAAAUGGUUGUGCAAGGUUAACUGAGGAUGCUAUUUUGCUCAUUUCAAAGAAUGAUGAUGAGUCAUAUGAUAAUGACUUCCUUCCCAAGCCACAAGAAAAAUCCCUAGAGUGCAACAUCCUUCAGAAACCCAAUGGAAAAACUCUUGCAAAUAACCUCUUUCCGAAACAUUUAGAAAAAAAUCUGCAAGAUGACUCCCUGCUGCAGCCACCAGGAAAACCUCCAGAUGGUGACCUUCUGCUGCAGCCACCAGGAAAACCUCCAGAUGGUGACCUUCUGCUGCAGCCACCAGGAAAACCUCCAGAUGGUGACCUUCUGCUGCAGCCACCAGGAAAACCUCCAGAUGGUGACCUUCUGCUACAGCCACCAGGAAAACCUCCAGAUGGUGACCUUCUGCUACAGCCAUCAGAAAAACCUCCAGAUGGUGACCUUCUGCUGCAGCCACCAGGAAAACCUCCAGAUGGUGACCUUCUGCUACAGCCAUCAGAAAAAAUCCUUGUUAGUGACUUGGGGCAGCUACUAGAAAGUUCCCUCAAAGGUGACCACCUUCCCCAGCCCCUAGAGAAACCUUUUGAUAGUGACCACCUUCCCCAGCCUCUAGAGAAACCUAUUGAUAGUGACCAUUUUCCCCAGUCUCUAGAGAAACCUCUAGAUAGUGACCACCUUCCCCAGCCUCCAGAAAAACCCCUAGAUAGUGACUGCUGCGGAACAGGCUGUGUGCCCUGUGUGUUUGACAUCUAUACGCAAGAGAUGAAAAUUUGGGAAAGGGAAUGUUGCAGAAUCAGACAGAAGCAUAAAUUUGGUGAUUACAAUGCACAGGAUGAAAAUGUUAGAUUCUUGGCAGAAGCAGAAUAUCACCAGUUUACAUUAGAAAGUAUUAGCAGGGUUACCAAGGACACACAAAUUUACAGAUUUCAUCUGCCAAUGGGAAGAUCACUUGGUCUGAAGCUUGGGCAACAUGUCAUUCUUAGGGGUGUUGUUGAUGGAGAUGUGGUCACACGCCAGUACACACCUGUGUCUGAUGUCAAGGUCACAGACUAUUUUGAGCUUCUCAUUAAGCUGUAUGAGAAUGGCAAGAUGUCACAGUUCAUCCGAGCUUGGAAGCCAGGAAUUAAAGUGGAUCUUAGAGGCCCAUUUGGGGAAUAUUCCUAUACACCAAACCAGCAUGCACGACUUAUGAUGCUGGCAGCCGGUUCUGGAAUAGCACCUAUGGCACAGAUAAUCCAAGGCAUUCUCAACAAUGAGGAGGACGAUACACGUAUCCAGUUGCUUUAUGCUUGUCGCACCUACAAUGACAUUUUAAUGAAGUCCCAGUUGGACGAGUGGACAGAGUUCUGGAAUUUCUCAGUACUCUACGUACUUAGCCAGGAGCCUACAAGAGCUAAAAAUAACUACAGAUACAGUGACAAAGUACAGCUGGGACGUCUGGACAAAGACUUGCUUGCUAAUGAACUACGAACACCUGUCCUCAGUAGUACAAGGAUUCUGAUCUCAGGCACUAAAUCCUUUGACAAGGACAUGCUCAAAUAUUGCAAGAUUUUGGGCAUACAGGACUGUGAUAUCCAUAAAUUCUAAUUCAUUUAUACAUUACUGACAGGGAAUGCUGAAAUUGAAUAGUGGUUUAGUAUACAUCGUGUUGUAUAUAGGAUCUUGUUUAAGAGAAAUCUUAUUUGAUAAAGAAUUAUUUAAUAGUAUUUUGUUAUUUCACAUAAUUCUCUGUAUGCUCAUAUGUAGGGGUGUUGAAAGGAACUUAGGUAAAGGAAAGGGCAGAUCUGAUAUCAGCUGCAUUAUCCAAAUAAAAGAGGCCCAUCAAACAUAUCACAGACAGCAGUGGAAGAGUUGUAACACUUGGAAAUGAGAGCCAUGUCAAAAUAACCAAAGACCAGUCAAUCUUUCCGUCAACAGUGCUGUAAAAUACCACUCUACCACACUCAGACAAGUCAAUCUUUUUACCAAUGGCCUCUAUAAAUACAACUCUACCACACUUAGACAAGUUAAUCUUUCCAUCAACAGUGCUGUAAAAUACCACUCUACCACACUUAGACCAGUCAAUCUUUCCAUCAACAGUCCUGUAAAAUACCACU